AUGCAUAUCUCAAAUAAAUAAUAAUAAGAUUCGUCAAUUUACGAAGUUCAAAAACUUGAGGCCUCUUUAAAAUUCGAUCACAGACAGAGUGCUGUUCCUGAGAACCCUUGUUACAACUUUCGUUUUAGAAUUUUCAUUUUUUUCAGUUAUAUUGUGAUCACCCAAGUCGGUGAGAUUUUGGGCACACCUCAGGAUGACAUCAAAGGCAUAUUUGAUAUAGGCCACAAUAUCACACAUGAUAUCAACCAAUUAUAUCAUUCUCAUACAUGGUACAUGUUCAAUUUAAAUUUAGGUUUGCUUCUCUAAUGCAGGUCCUCUCUGGCCUCAUUUUAGACUUUGCCUUUUUCUAUGUCAGUCUGUACUGGGUAUUUUAUGUGAGAAAUUUCAGACUGUUUGCUGCUUUAAUCAUUUUCUAUGGAAUAAGGGCAAUUCAUUUGAAUAUUUUUAAACUACAGUUUGCUGAUAAUUACUACUGGAAGGAUCCAGGAGUCCCCACUUUUGUUGUAAAAUAUGGUAAUUAUUCAGAUUUCUUUUACUCUGUAAGAAUUUGUUUAUAAAUUUUAGGGUCAUGUGGGAUUCUUGGUUAUCUGUGCUUUGGAAAUGAGGAAAUUGGGUAAGAGAUGGUUUGCCUUGUUCUUUUUUAUUUCUUCUUUCUUUCAAGCUUUUAUUGUUAUAUCUUUUAGAAUUCAUUAUACAAUAGAUGUAAUUUAAAUAAAAAUUAUUAUAGGUACCUGCAGGAUAUAUUUAUGCGCAUUACUUUUAUAACUUGGUUUGCUAUUGGGAAGUAAGAAUUGACCAUACUUUAUAUUGGAUAUCUACAAAAUGUUCGAGUGUUAAGAAUUCCUAAUCUUCUACUCUUUAAACUAAAAUCCCUGAUUUAGAUACAGAAAAGCAUUGA